AUGGCCAGCCGCGGCGUGCUGCCCCUCCCAGUGAGGGGUAUCCAGAAGGGCCAGGUUCAUGUGUCCUCGCCUUCGAGAUCCGACCACAUCAACAGCAGAUGCAAGUUGCCCAGAGGUGUGCUGGCAGGCUCUUUGGCCACACUGGCAGCUCUAGCCCCAUGCAGCGCUCGCAACCGCGAGGGGCGCUGGAGGCGGCAAGCGACCGCCAGAAGGAGAGCUUCCUUCACUGCAGAUGAUGUGGUAGUUGUAUAUGAUCGCAACUCAAAGCAAGCUGGAGAAGUUGUGGUCGCAAUCGAGGAGGACAGUGCCAUGGCUCCACGUCCGGUGGCCUAUGCCAUUGUACCUUCGAGCGAUAGUUCUGCACUGGUCGAGCUGGCCAGGCAGCGGCAGCUGAGUGAUGGCUGCAUGGAGCGACUUCAACGGGAUGCUUCUGCUUGUGCUGUACUCCCUGGGGGAGCCAUGAUCGAGGACCAGAAUAUGCAGCUGGCUGUCAUAUGGAAGCUUGGUCAUCGCAAGCGCCUGCUUCGCGCGCAUGAGGAGAGCCUUGACAGCCUUGAAGGCCUCCAGGGAGGCCCGGGGCGCUCUACAGUCAAGCGCAGUCUUCACAAUGGAAGCCGACGACGCUUCGACGACCCGGCGUUUGUCGGAAAGUAUGGCAGUGAUUAUAAGAUCCACACGCGCCGAAACCUUCUCCGGAAGCACAUGGUUGCCGAUCUGAUGGACAUGUAUGAUGAGAUUGUAGCCGACGAGGAGUGGAGCGAAGAUGAAUGGGUUGAAGGGGAUUGGCUUGAAGACGACGACACGCUUUCAGAGAGCAGUUUCUACACUUGUGGGACAGCAUCCACGGCAGCUUCGACUUGCGACCAGUCUCGGUCUCUCGAAACGUCCACCAAGACUGCCAAGACUUCCAACCGUUGGGACGAAGCUAUUGGACGGGCCAGCAUGAUUGCCAAGAAGUACACCAGACCAACAAAGUCCAGUGUCGUUUCGGAGCCGACGAAGAAGCAGAAUGCUCCACACAAGGCCACGACGUUGACGGAAGUUCUUAGAGCCAAGCACAACAUCAAAUUGGUGUCACCGGGUUCAUCUGACAGCCAGCACGAUUCAUUGCAGAGAUUCCAAAUGGAUUUUUUGGAAAGAUUCCUGCCAAGCAUCAGCUCCGGACUGCGAGGUGUGUUCCGGAACGAGAUCGUGCUUCGAGCCGCCUCCACGAGCAAACCUGUGUACGAUCGCUUUUGCAGGUCGCAGACCCAGAAGCAAGGCAACCUCUGUGCUGUGUUUCAUGGCACGGACCAAGCCAACUUGCCGUCAAUUUACGAGAAAGGACUUCUCGUUCCGGGAGGUGGCAAAGGUGUAAGUGUGCGCAAUGGCGCCUCACAUGGCAACGGCAUCUACACGGCAAAGACGCACAACCCAGCACUGUCAUUUGGAUUUUGCCGUGGCGAAACGAGGCCGAUGUUGGUGUGUGGGGUGCUAGACGACGCGGUCGCACUCGCCAGACCAUAUAAGCUUGGCAACCACACUGUUACUGCAGAGUCGCAGCACGUUCGUCACGUUGGAGAUGCGAUUGUUGUCUUUGACGAAAGUCGAGUUGUCCCUCUUUUUGAAGCCUGGGAGCCUGGACUUUGUGCGAACUAUGCCCCGAUUGUGCCGCCAGCUCGCAGCCCAAUCAUCCCAGCGGUUGUGGCACAACUUCGGCCUGCUGUGCCAAUCAUGCCGACGAAAUCUUAUAAGGGUGGGCCGAAGACCCGACUCCCACGGAGCCGUGGAUCGCAAGAGCGUGGAUAG